AUGACCAAGGUCUCGCUGAGCGGAGCCCGGGUGGACUUGACGCCGGGCCGUCCCGGGUCGGACCGGGGUGGACCGAGGUUCCGGGAGCUCUCGGUGCAGGGACCCCCUCAGCCCCGCCCCGGAGCGGCCCCGCCCCACCUCCCUUUGUUUCCCAAGGCCCCGCCCACCGCGGCCAGCUCCCUCCCUAUUGGCCGGGGGGCGGUCCCCGAACACCGGGGAGCCGCCAGGGGCGGGGCAUCGUGUUGCGGGCGGGGCGAGUGCGCCUGCGCGGAGCCCGAGCCCGGUCGCAGCCUUUCGGCGGCCGCUGCUCCUGAGGAGCCGGAGCGCUAUCCUGAGUUGGGACCCGCUGAGGCGGCUGUGAGGCGGCCCCGCCCCGGGGCUCCAUUGUUGCGGCGGCGGCAGCUGCUCUGCCGGCUGCUCGGCUCCUCCUGGAUCGGCCAGGGCGGCCUCCGGCUAGGAGCGAUCGCUGCCCCGGCGGCGGCCUGA